AUGACGACUACUGACGGGCAUAUAAAUGGUCAUAGUGUGCGUAAGCUUAAUUUUGGAGCAGGACCUGCUCAAUUACCAUAUGAAUUAUUGGAAAAUGUUAAGGACGAAUUUUUAAAUUAUCAUGGAGCUGGAGCUAAUAUUAUGGAACUAAGUCAUCGUUCAUCAACUUUUGCUAAAGUUAUUCAAGAUGCUGAACAAGAUAUUCGAGAGAUUUUAUCCAUACCAGAGUCUUACGCAGUUCUAUUUUUACAAGGUGGUGCUACAGCACAAUUCAGUGCCAUACCAUUACAUUUUCUCAAUUUAAAACCAUCGCAAACAGCUGAUUAUCUUGUAACAGGUUAUUGGUCUGAAAAAGCUGCUAAAGAAGCAGAAAAAUUUGGUAAAGUCAAUUGGGUUGUACCUAAAGGAAGCAAAUACCAAGGUGUGCCAGCUGAAGCUUCAUGGAAAUUAUCGGCCGACCCUUCGUAUUUUUAUUAUUGUGCCAAUGAAACAAUUCAUGGUAUUGAAGUCGACGAUAUUCCAGCUAUUAUACCUAAAGAUGUUCCCAUUGUUUGUGAUAUGUCAUCGAAUUUUUUGACACGUCCUUUUGAUAUUACCAAAUUUUCUGUGGUCUUUGCUAGUGCACAGAAAAAUUUUGGUAUCAGUGGUGUUGUUCUUGUUAUUAUACGAAAAGAUUUGGUUGAAAAAAAUACCAAUAAAUCAAUACCACUUAUAUUAGAGUAUAAAAUACAAAUCGAUAACGGUUCAAUGUAUAAUACACCACCGACAUUUGCCAUCUAUAUUGCGAGUAAAAUGUUUGCGUGGAUAAAACAACAAGGUGGUUUGAAAGCAAUCAAUGAACGAUCGGACAAAAAAUCAUCACUUGUCUAUCAAACAAUUGAACAAUCGAAUGGAUUUUAUGUUAAUUUUGUAGAAAAAAAAUAUCGUAGCCGUACGAACAUUCCAUUUCGAAUUGUUACCAAUGGCGUACCAGAUGAAAAACUAGAAACAUUAUUCAUUAAAGAAGGUAUUCAAUCAAAUAUGAUUGAAUUAAAAGGUCAUCGAGCUGUUGGUGGUAUUCGUGUUAGCCUUUAUAAUGGUAUUAGCGUAGAAGAAGCCAUGCAAUUGGUCAACUUUAUGCGUACAUUUCAAACAAAUAAUAGUUAA